GAGCACUCAAUAAAAUUAUCCGUGCUCUAUGGUUACAUGGCCGAUAUUUCAUUCAUUUGGAGCUUCCUUUUCUUUCUGUCGUUUAUGGAUAUCUAUAUACGGGCGGUCAUCGUUGAAGAUUUCCGUAUAAAUUAUUAAAUGAAGGUGCUAUAAGCGUUGAUUUUAUGAAAAAGCUGUAGGUUAUAAAUUGUUAAAUAAUGAUCUUACUCGAGAUCAAUAAUAGAAUUAUAGAAGAUACUUUAACAGUUAAAUAUAAAAAUGCACUGGCGCGCUUAAAGCCAGAGUCAAUAGAUGUGAAAGUUGCAGAUUUUGAUGGAGUACUCUUUCAUAUAUCCAAUGUGAAUGGAGAUAAAACCAAAGUUAGGGUUAGUAUAUCAUUGAAGUUCUACAAGCAGUUAGAAGAACAUGGAGCAGAUGAGCUUCUCAAAAGAGUAUAUGGACCACUCCUCACUGAGGCAGAGUCAGGUUACAACAUCUCUUUGUUACUCGACUUGGAGAACAUUCCCGACGACUGGGAAGAUGUCGUGAAAAAGGUCGGUCUUCUAAAGAGAAACUGCUUUGCGUCAGUUUUCGAACGUUACUUCCGGCUGCAAGAAGAUGGCGAUGUCAGCCAUAAACGCGCCGUUAUCAACUACCGACAGGAUGAGACGUUAUACGUGGAAGCGCAAGAAGACCGCGUGACAGUAGUGUUCUCUACGGUGUUCCGACACGAGGAUGACAUGGUUAUUGGCAAGGUGUUCAUGCAGGAGCUAAAGGAGGGCCGGAGAGCAUCGCACACCGCGCCACAAGUAUUGUUUUCACAUAAGGAACCGCCCUUAGAACUAAUGGACACGGACGCGAGAGUAGGCGACAAUAUCAGUUAUGUUACGUUUGUGUUGUUCCCGCGGCACACGUGCUCGGCGGCCCGCGACAACACGAUCGACCUGCUGCACAUGUUCCGCGACUACCUGCACUACCACAUCAAGUGCUCCAAGGUGUACGUGCACUCGCGCAUGCGCGCUAAGGCCGGCGACCUGCUCAAGGUGCUCAACCGCGCACGUCCCCAGAACACCUCGCGCCCCACCGAGCGCAAGACUAUCACGUCAGUAUGCCAUACCUCCAGCUCUACUUGGAAGAACAUUUGUGAGGCGAGACUGAGUGUUGCGCGCCGGCGGGACGUAGGCGCCGACCACAGCUCAGCUGUCACUAGUUACGUUCUCCAGCUAACGCCACCACUCCGGUAACAUCUCCCUGCAGGACACUACCACACGGGAGAACUACCCACUUCAUACAAACUGCCCACAUUCACCCACGAAUUAAACAUUGUAAGUCACACCUAUAUCAACCAGAGAUAUUAUUCGAGUGGACGCGUUACCCACGAAGAAACUCCGACAAUGUGCGUAUUUCAUAUUAUCCAAGUUAAAAUGGAAUGACAUAUAAGAUAGUUAUUUAUUAAAAUAAAUUGUUUGUUUGAUUCAAACGUCACAAAGUACUUAUUCUUAAAAUCAUCUUGAUGCCAUUUCUAAAACAAAAUUGCCAAAUAAACACAGUUGUGCUCAAUGUCUUGUGUACUGCCCAUCGACAUUUUAUAUUAGCAAAAGAAAUGUGCACAUUGUAUUUAUCAUAGAUAUUUAUUGUCAACUCUUCAAGCAUAGCGUUAAAGUCAAUAAAGUCAAU